CUGUUACGAAGUCGAGAGUGGUAAGCUUGUUUGACACCAACAUCUGAAUCAGCCAUAGUCGCCGAUCACAGCCUUUUCUGGGACUUCGUAACUGUUUGAUGUUAUAGGUGUUGAGUCAACCUGAACCAUCACUCUUCGAAGUUUUGAGCUUUUUCCGCAUAAGCAUGGCUUCGCAGGGAAAGAAACUCAUCAACGACCCAGAUGUGACUCACACAAGCUGCCGCACGCUGUUCUCGCUGUGCACAUUGAAGAGCCGGUUGAUGCUGACCUGCGCCCCGUUCCGGCGCCGGAAGCGGGUCGUUCUUGUCUCGGCGACCGUGGUAGAGAAGUCCAAGGAUGACAGGAUUGAGAGCAACAGUGGGAGUAACCGGAAAGGUGGGCCUGUGGUGAGGGUCCCAGCAACGGCACUCUCGUGGAGGAGAGUGGCAGCAGCAUCGGUGAAGCAGAAGGUGGCGGCACGGAGAGCGAUGGCAAAGAAGCAGGUGGUGCAGAAUGCCGAUGAAACUGUCGUUAGGAAGUUUUCAAUUUUCAUGACAGCGAGGGGUAAUGGAUUGUUCACGCAAUCUUGGAGACCUGUUAAUGUAGAGAUCAGGGGAUUGGUCAUUCUUUUGCAUGGUCUGAAUGAACACAGUGGGAGGUACAAUAAUUUUGCAAAGAAGCUGAAUGUCAAUGGUUUCAAAGUUUACGGAAUGGAUUGGAUUGGCCACGGUGGAAGCGAUGGGUUGCAUGCUUAUGUUCGUUCUCUUGAUGACCCUGUAUGCGAUCUGAAAUCAUUCAUCGGAAGAGUCUUGGCUGAGAAUCCAGGGCUCCCUUGUUUUUGUUUUGGGCACUCAACAGGUGCGGCGAUCAUUCUUAAGGCUGCUCUUGACCCAAAAGUCGAAGCAUGUAUAUCAGGCGUUGUGCUAACUUCACCUGCUGUAGGAGUUCAGCCAUCGCACCCAAUUUACACGAUACUCGCUCCGAUCGUCUCCCUCUUAUUGCCGAGAUACCAAGUCGGGGCUGCGAAUAAGAAGGGCUUGGUGGUAUCAAGGGACCCAGAAGCGCUCGUGGCCAAGUACUCCGAUCCCCUGGUCUAUACUGGAUCCAUCCGCGUGAGAACGGGGUACGAGAUCCUCCGGAUAGCAUCCUACUUGCAGCAGAACCUCAGGAAACUGAGAGUUCCCUUUUUGGUCCUCCACGGCACCGCGGAUAGAGUGACCGACCCGGAUGCUUCCGUGAAGUUGCACAAGGAAGCAUCCGCGACGGACAAGACAAUCAGAUUGUUGGAAGGGCACUUGCACGAUCUGCUCUUCGAGCCAGAGCCGGAGCGCGAAGCCAUUAUGAAGGAAAUAAUUGAGUGGCUGAAUAGUAGAGUAGAGAGGUAGGAAAGAGAAGCAAUUUCAGUUCCUUCUUGUCAAUGCAUUUGAAGGGAAUCGACUGACUCAAAAAAAUAAAUUUCGAGUUUCCAGUAUUUUUCUUCAUCUGAAAGAUCAGCUGAAGUUCAUGAUGAAAGAGAAGAAAAAAGGAUCCUAUCCAUCGUAA